AUGGACGAGGUUCAUUAUGUGGGCGGCAUCAUCUAUAAGAUUUUGUCUGUUUCGCUUGUGGUCAUCGUGAUUGUAGUCAUUACAAUGUCAAUUUCUGGUUGUUGCAAUUGCAUCGGAGACGGACGAAUACCGCAAAGCAAUCCGACUAAUCAAGCGAGAUCAGUAUCAUCACGGCAGCAAAUCAGGCAAAACAGAAGACAAAUCUCAGGGACUAUAGUGGAAUACAAAAUUAAUGAAAGAGCCGGAGAUGGGAACGACGGUUGUACGAUAUGUUUGGAGGAGUUCAACGACGGAGAGCAGUGUAGGGUUCUUGAUGGGUGCCACCAUAUUUACCAUAAAUCAUGCAUUGAUGGGUGGCUAAUCAAGGACAGACACUGCCCACUUUGUCGAUUUUCCGUCAGAGGCACACGUACUGAUCGUAAUCCGGAUACUGUUCCCGAUCAACUUAACCAAGUAUAG